AUGUUGUCGUCGUCUUCUCGAAGUCAUCGCGCGCUGGUUUCUUUCGUCGGGAGUCGUCGCUUUUUUGUCUGCAGCGCGUCUUCGUCGUCGUUAUCAGCCUCCUCUUUUCGAAGACCUUUAACGACUUUGAACGACAACAACAAAAACAACGACUCCGAUGAGAAUAAAAUUGCACAGUUGCGGGAAGAUUUCCGUCACUGCGCCGCGACGUUACGCCAAAACGAUUACGAAACCUACCUGUGCACGAACGCCAUCGACGCCUCGAGACGCGCCGGACCGUUAGCGUUGAGAGCGUUGAACUGCGAAACCGCCGGGAUUGGCACGCAUUCAGGAGGAGAAGAGAAUAAAGAUAUCGCGCUUGUAAAGUUGCGAUGGUGGAUGGACCAUUUGGAAAGCAUGUUUACACCAACAACAAGGAGGAAAAAAUCGCGCGUUCCGGAACAUCCGAUCGCGAGAUGUAUAAACGCGGUCGCGACGCACGCGAAAGAAGUCAUGGGAUCCGAUCCUUCGUUUAACGAGACGAGAUACGUGACGUGGAUUAAAAGAGCGAUCGAAGCACGAAUGGAGGACGUGGAGAAAGGAUCGAACGCGUUCGACGCGACGAAGGAUUUAGAACUGUUCGCGAGAGAAACGCACGGGAAUUUUUUGUUGGUGACUUUAGACUGCGAGAAUAUUCGGUCGAUGGCGAGCGAUCACGUGGCGUCGCACUUAGGGACCGCGAUUGGGUUGACGAACAGUUUGAGAGGGGCGAAGAUAAACGCGAGGAAUAGGAAGACGUAUUUUCCGAUGGAUUUGUUAGCGGAGGAGAAUUUAAGCGCGGAGACUGUGUACGAAGGUAAAGUCGGAGACGAACGCGUUAAAAACGUGACGCAUAAAAUCGCGAGCGCCGCAGUCGGGCACUUAGCCGCGGCGAGAAGGAAUUUUACGGAGAAUAAGUUAGGCGAGAAGUACCCGCACAUGGCGAAAUUACUGUUGCAAGCGACGACGACGGAGAGGUGGUUGGAAAAGUUGGAAAAAUACGAUUUCGACGUGUUUCGAGAGGAGUUGCAACGAACGCCGCCGCUGCUGACGCAAGGCAGAGUGUUCGUCCAAGCGUGGAAGAAUCAAUUUUAG